AUGGAAGAUUACAAAACUUUCAGCUCAAGAGCUUUUCAUGGUUACUCUAUUACUGCUCACAUCAAUGGAAUUUUUGACAACUCCUACUAUCCAAUGGUCAAUACUAAGGGUAUCGCAACUCGUCAAGAUAUUCAUUUUCCUAACCAUCCUAGUGACGUUAAAGAUGAAUAUUACAACGGCAUUAUUCGUUAUGACGUUCGUCUUCCAAACCGACCCUAUGAAGUUAGUGAUGUCGUUGACAGCACUGCCAUACAAAUUAACGGCGACACUGGAACUUUCAAGGAAUCAUUCGGAAUGGUAAAGAAUGCUACCGGUCGUUAUUUCUUGGUGGAAUCUACUAAAAUGAAAGUAAAUGGGAAGAAGGAAUUUAAUCCUUAUGCUAAAGAAUGGCUACCUAAGAAUAAAAUAAUUGGAAAUGUCCCAAAUUAUUCUGUAGCUUCGUCAAAGUCCGGAUCUUCGUUAGAAAGAACCGUUACAUUUGUUGGUAUCCCAGAAACUCGAUCCUUAAACCUUAAUGAAGAGAAGGUAACAAAAUUUAACGACAACUUAUCCAUCAAAGAUAAAACUCCUGGAGCUGAAGAAUGUACUCAUAAAGCUGAAUUUAACGGCAACAUUUCGAAUCGAAAAUGUGGUAUUAAAGUUUCAAGUCCUAUCACUACCAACUAUAAAGACUUCAGUUAUCAAGGCGAAUUCAGAGAAGCUGAGUUCAAAAAGAAUGAAAGCAGAGCAAAUGGCUUCGUUAAAGGCAUACCUACCAGGAAUAAACAAGCGAUGAUCGGCAAGGAAUUACGAGCGGCCUCAAUUCUUACCGAAGAUGACAUCAAAAACUCAAACGAAAACUUUAGUAUUCAAAUGAUGAAUAAAUCCAAAAAGCAGGUUUGCAUUAAUAAUGCCAGUUCCAACUUCAUUUCCGUGAAAGCCGCGAAUGAUAGUGAUAUUAUAUUAAAUACAAAAAAACCUGUACCAUUCGUUGUGGGUGCGCCGGUUUGUCGUCUCGAAAAGUCUUUAAUCAAAUGCCCUCUUAAGAAGGUUGGCCGUGAAGAUACUACGGAUGAGGUCAUCGUCUACAAAGGGAAUGAAAGGGCUAUAGGAAAAGUCAGAAAAGUCAUAGAAGAAUCAAAUACUCGCGAACAGGGAGAAAUAAAUAAUGAUUCGUCACUUAAAGUAGACAUGUCAUUUGCACAACUAACGACAGUCAAUGAAACGAUCGAGAACAUAAAACGUAGCAAUGGGUUGUUCAUGUUCUCACCUGAAACACCUGAAAUCACUACUCCUUCUACUGCGGUUAAGCCGCUCACAUGGACUGGUUUGCAUUGGGUUACUGAACCUUCACGCUGGCUAUGUGUCUCAAACUUCCCAUUUGAAUCCGAAUACUAUCCUUAUUUGAGACUCUUGUUUGAAGCAUAUGGAGACGUUCGCGAAAUAUAUUGCGGUUCUAAUGGAAUUGCUUACGUCUUUUAUUACGAUAUUAGAGAUGCGAUAAAGGCACAAAAUUUAUUAAGGCAUAAAGAGGCUCCUCAUAACGGAGGAAGACUUGACGUCAAGUUUAGUCAAAAGCCAACGAACGUCAAUAGAUUGACGCAUUUAUAUCCACCAAUCGGCUUGCCAGAACGACAAAAUGAAGGUAGCCUGAUCAUUUAUCAUACUGCACUUGCAAAUGAAUCAGCUGUAAAGGCCCAAUUCAGCAAGUACGGGACUAUUAAAAAAUUUAAAUCUCAAACAUACGAGGAUUUGCGAGUAAUAAUUCUCGAGUAUUAUGACUUAAGAAACGCGAAUUCAGCCAAAGAAUCUUUGAAUGGACAAAAAAUACAAGGCACGACUUUGACUAUCGAAUUCCAUGAUCCAAGCGCACAUUCGUGGGACAUAAUAACCCACGAAAUCUCCAGCCGCAAAAUGGCUCCAAAACUUGCCACGAAAAGUUACCCAGCACCACCAGUGACGAGCACAGUACAUUCGUCUGGGAAUAGAAUGAUUCCUUUGAAGAAUCGUUUGAAUCUCGAAAAUAUCAAGCAAGGGCUUGACGCUCGGACUACAUUCAUGGUCCGAAAUAUUCCAAAUAAAUACACGCAAGAAAUGUUGCGCGCAGAACUUGACGAAACGCACAAAGGCAAAUACGAUUUUUUGUAUUUGCGUAUCGACUUCGCAAACAAGUGUAACGUUGGUUACGCUUUCAUAAAUUUCGUAGAUAUCAACGCGGUGAUAUUGUUCUCAGAAACGCGUGUAGGUCGAAAAUGGGCCUGUUUUAACUCGGACAAAAUCUGCGAGUUAUCAUACGCGGAUGUACAAGGGUAUCCUGCACUUGUCGAAAAGUUUAAGACAUCAAGCGUAAUGAGGGAAAGGCCAGAAUAUCGUCCAAAGGUAUUCUUCACUUCGGGGCCCAUGAAGGGUAUGGAGGCUCCUUUUCCAUACAUCCCGACCCGAAAAUAA